UGCUUCACCCCUACCGUACUCCGACUCACCCCCGCCAACGGAUGUGGUUCCCGCCCCCCACGCGAUCCAGCCCAGCCCGUCAAUAUCAACGCAGCCGGCUCCGCCUUGAAGCUGCUGCUCAACAUGCCCGCCCUACCAAACAACAAGACAAGACGAAAGGGAGUGACACCCAUCAAGAAACCUGAUAGAAACAAUGUUUGGCAACGUACUCUCAAUGUCAUGGGUCUCGAGCCGAUGAGCUUGAAUUCCAGCAGUAGCAGUAGCAGUAACAGUGAUUAUUCUACCAACAAGGCUACCGCAGAUGGAAUGGCUGCACCAACAUUCCAAUCCGAGCCUACACAAGGCUCCAAGAAGAACUUGACAUUUCUGGAUCUGCCUGCGGAGGCACAAAGACACAUUAUCAAGCACUCUUCUACGGACGACCUCCUAGCUCUCUGUCUUGUCUCAAAGCAUUUUCGGGAUCUUGCUGCAGAACAAUUGUAUCGCAAGUUCGAAGUUACCUUUCCUGACGAACCCGACGAUGGCACAAAUACCUCUGUAGAUGCCCUGGCUGGUGGACUGGAGACCCUCGUUUCGAGCAAUUAUGACUAUGCGAAAUACCUUAAAGACAUUGUGUUGGAGCCAACAAAUGGCGGGGACAAAGGGGAGCGCGCAUAUCGGUAUUAUAUGUACGAUUCGAGCUGCGGAAAAUUCAUGAAUACACUAUUCCUUCUGGCUCUGCGCAAGGCUAGGGUGCUGGAAACAUUCAAAUGGGAUAUCCGCGUAGAGCUCAGCCCGUCUGUUUUCAAGGCCUUACAUCGGAUUCACACCCUGCAGCAUCUUCAUGUUCGAAUGCAAGCUGGUCACUCUUUAUACGGAUUGACAGCACCAUCGAGCGUCUUUCAUUAUUCGGAAGCGCCUCCAGUUGUUAUACUUCCAUUAUCUAAUGUUAUGGGUGCGCCGCCCGGUUUUGCUCAACCAUCUUCCCACAAUGCCCCUCCGCUGUCCGUUACGUAUCCUUCGAAUCCGAAUUCCUUCCCUUCGGCUUAUAAAUAUGCUGCUAAGCUCCAACGCAAAACUACCAAGAUUGUACUUCCGACAAUCAAUAAGGAGGCAUCUACGCUGUCAGGAUUCAAUCAUCUGAGAACGUUGUCAGUGUUGGACAUGGAUACAUUAGAUUAUGUAGGAGAACUGCAGACUUGCAUUAGCAACUGUUCUUCGACGCUCACUAGUCUUACAUUAUCAUUCUCGGAAGCAUUGGCUAGUAAAUCUCGAAAACCGCCACCAGAGGUUCAUUCUGAUGACGACUCGGAAGUGGAGGAUGAAUUUGGCGCAUUAAUUCCGCCUCCAGGUCCUCCACCAGGCAUGACACCGUCUAGCUCUGGCCUGAGUUCUCCAUCGAAAUCUGUACAAGCAGCAGAGGAAAAGAAGAAACAAGAAGACGUUUUAAAUAUAAUAUUUGGGCUACAGACUGGCAAGAAAUCGAAACCAGGCAAGUCAGAGUCUACUGAUCUUCACCGACCAAAGCCAAAGACGGACGAGGAUCCCAAACUCAGGUUUCUGCGAAACUAUGGUACAAUCGCGCAAAAGCUCAUGUCGGAUGUCAAGCCUGGUAGCGAAGCUACGCCGGCAGCAAAGCAAGCCGUAGACCUGAUCAAGAAAGCAGCAAAGAUGUAUUUCGAUGAAGUAGAUAAGGCCAGAGAAAAGGCAUCGAGCGAUGGAAACAGCUCCAAGGGCACCCCUUCAACCACGAGUGCAGACAGCACGUCUGAGGUUAACGUUGUUAUGAGUGGCGGUGGGGUGGCGGAUGAUGGACCAGGUCUGUUCGAUGAUCACGACCCAAACGAAAAGCAUACCCCCUAUGUUGAUCCAGAAGUUGCAAACCCUGAUGACAUCGAUAUGGAAGAGCCGGAGGAAAAGGAACUUGCAAUUGAAAUUGAAGAUCCAUCAACGGAUAUUGUUCCUUCAGACGAGAGUCUAGAAGAAACGGCCUCGAGCGAAUCGGGCGAUGCUGAAACAACCAAGGUUGUAGAUGCCCAAGAAGAAAAGAAUUCUGCAGAUACCGUGGAUCUGGUGAACCGGCUGGAGAUCCAUGAACAGCUAAGUGCACUUAUCGCCACUCAUAGCAAAAAUCAACAAACCGAAAUGAUGCUCAAGCAACGGAUGCUAGACAUGCAAGAGAAACUGCAAGUCACAGAUCCUACGCCUGCACAGUUCGAGGUCUUGAGACAGGCAAAGGCAGAUUUCAUGGUGGUCACAGAUCAAGUGAGCGAGCUGGCUCGUGAGAUGCAAGCGGUAAACGACACAAUUAAUGAUGUCUCAGCAGACGCUCAAGCCAUGGCUUUGAAGAUUCCAGGACAUGAAAAUGCUAGAAGGAGCGAGUACGUUCGCUCCACCAGAGGACUUACUCUACAAACUCUUGCUAUCUACUUGAUUCCCACCAGAUCUACGGUAUUGAAUGCUGCAAUUGACUUCCACAUGCUACAAAGCUUGACACUUUUGAACGUCGGUACCCAAGUUGGCAUCUGGAAUACGCUUCGCAAGGAGAAUACACUUCAGUCGUUGCCGUUAUCCAAAAUAUACACCGACAACGUAACCCCGCAGUUCUUACAAUUCGUUGGCGAACUGGACAUGGUGACGGAGUUACUACUAUUAGAGAAGCAGAAGGGGCGUGUUGAACCUACAGCAGCGAAGACGACUGUGAAGAUCGAGAAGAUCCGAAAGGAAGUCUUGAGGAAACAUGCCAGUACCCUCAAAGUCUUGAUGAUAAAAAACGACUCAAACCAAGACUGGGAUUUAGACGUCAAGACCACGAUGUUGUUGUGCCAUCGUGCGACACAGCUCGAGGAGCUGUCCGUUAGUCACGGCGUCAGAACUUUACACUGCUUCCUUCAAUUUAUGACCGGCAUGACCUCCCUCCGCGCCCUUCACGUCAAUCAAUUCCGAUACGAGGACCCAUGCACCUCAAUGAUGCACGAAUUCAAGCAAAUGAUGGUUGACGUCGUGGCGCACACUCCGCACAUGAAGCUCGAAUAUAUCGGUCUCAACGAAGCUAUUGAUCGACUUGUCCGCCGCCCGCGGGUUAACAAGAAUACAAAGAAAGAUAAAAAGGGCAAGGGCAAGGAAAGUGAUGUUAUUGCUGAAGCGUUAUAUGGCGCUAACGGCUGGGCGGAUCCUUCGACAAUGCCUGAUUGGCAGGCUAGUUCGGACGAGGAUGAAGCUAUGAUGGUUGGGGAGUCGGGCCUGAAGGUCGAGACGGUGGAGGAUAUUCGCUUCUACGAGAUAAGUGGCGUGAGGAUAUUUGAGAAGGACGUUAUUUUCGGUCGUCUUUAG